AUGCUUUCGUUUGAUUACGACACUGAACCCAGUGCGGAUGAGCUGGCGACGAAUUACAAGCAGGUAUUGAAUUCUAUUCGUGAGGCUAGCGGAGGUCGUGAGGUGCAACUGGUGGCGGCAAGCAAAUCCAAGUCUCCUGCAUGCAUAAAGUGCCUUUACGACCAAGGUCAUCGCGUAUUUGGCGAGAAUUAUGUGCAGGAGGUGGUCGAGAAGGCGCGUGAACUGCCCCAAGACAUCCAAUGGCAUUUCAUUGGUCAUCUACAGAGCAACAAGGUGCGCGAAUUGCUCCUUGGCGUGCCUUCUCUCUGCGUCGUCGAGACCGUUGACAGCGACAAGCUGGCCGACAAGCUCAACACCGGCUGCGAGCGGUACCGUGAGGGUCGCCCGCUGGAUGUCUUUCUACAGGUGAACACCAGCGGCGAGGAGUCCAAGAGCGGCACGGAGCCCGGCCCGCCCACCAUCGAACUCGCGGCGCAUCUCACGGAGCGGUGCCCCCUCCUCCGCCUGCGCGGCCUCAUGACGAUCGGCAUGAAAGACUACACGAGCCGGCCGGAGAAUUUCACCUGUCUGAUGAGAUGCCGUGAGGAGGUCGCCCAGCGCUGCGGGGUGCCGGCCGAGACUCUGGCGCUGUCGAUGGGAAUGAGCGGGGACUACCAGCGCGCGAUCGAGAUGGGCUCCACCACAGUGCGCGUCGGGUCGGUGAUUUUUGGGCAGAGGGUGUCCAAGCACCCAAAGCAGGCAGGCUAAGCCGUGUAGAAAGUUUUUUCGAGUGCUCUCGGCAUGGGAUUCACGCUCCAAUUAGCGUUCGAACACUAUAAAUCACUUAUGACUAAUCAUAGUAUAUGUAGUAGUUCUUUUUCCUUCUAACUGGGUGUGAUAUUUAGUAUGUAUUCGGCACUCAAAAA